GAUUCAAGUUUGAUGCCAUUAUAUGAUUUACAGUUGAGCGUCCACUCAUUUCUGCUAUUCAAAAUACAUUAGGGACUUUUUCACAUCUACGUGGUCACUGACAUGCUGCUACUUUUGCACUUCCUGUAUAAACUGUGAGUGUGUGAAUGUGAUCUAUAGACUGUUCAUUAUUAUUAGUCACGGUGCAGCAGUUGGUCAGUGUGUGUUUGGCUCUCGUUUAGUUUUUCGGAUUAAUCUGUGGUUUCGGGUCCUUGUCAAAGAAUGAAGGUGUUUUUCCUUCUGCUCCUCAUACAGCUUCAUAUCACUGAAGGCUGCAGGAAGCUGGAAGGAAAUACAGACGUAAGACAGAUCACUGCCUACCCAGGAGACUCAGUACUGCUGUCCUGCUCCUGCACUGACCUCCACACCAAACCUCAGAGCUUCACAUGGAGCAAAUAUUCCAGUCCGAGUGAAUGGAUAAAUAUAUCCUUGGAUCGUGAGCCGUACAAAUACAGAUAUCAGCUGGUUAAUGAACAGUCUUCAGGAAAUCUCUCUCUGCUCAUAUCCAACCUGACUGUAGAGGAUGGAGGAGAUUACAGGUGUAAUCUUACAGAGAGUGAAUACAGACAGAUCAGACUCACUGUUCACGUUUGCACACGGAAUCAGCAGACAGUCAGUGUGACUGGAUACAUGGGGAAGUCUGUCCUUCUGCCCUGCUUCCUCUCUGAGCCAUCACACACUUUGAGAUGGUUGUUUUCAAAAGAAUGUGAUUACAAAGAAAUCUUCCCCAAGAACCAAAUAAAAGGCUACACAGACAGAGUUCAGCAGUUUAAUGAUCAUUCAGGAAACAUCUCUCUUCUCAUAUCAGACCUGACUGUGAAGGAUGGAGGGUAUUACAUGUGUGAGAUCAGGAACAGCAGCAAUACAACCAUCCAUCUUACAGUUAAAGGGGCUCUGACAGGAUCUUCAGCAUCUACACCAGUGAUCACAACAUCUUUACCUACAUCCACAGCAGACACCACCACCAUUUUCAUCUGUACUGCUGUAGCUCUAAUGCUACUACUGCUACUUGGGGGAGUCAUGUACUGGAAAUCCAGAGGGCAGAGACGAAGACAGAUUGAGAACGGUGAUGAACAACCAGGAAUGAGGAUACAGCAGAAUGAGCAGGAGGAUGUGAUGUACAUGACUGUAGACCACAGUAACACUGUGAGAGCUGAACAAACUCCAGUGGCAUCAGAAGAUACUGCAGUGUAUUCCCUCGUCCAAACUCAUUAAGACACACACACACACAAUUAUACGAAUGUUUGUGUGGUCUUUCAUUUACUUGUGUGUGACUUUUAGCAAAAUAGAUAUAGAUAUAGAUAAAUAUAGAUAUAAAACAUAAAAAAAUAAACUUCAAAGAAAAAAUAUUUCUAAUCAAUAAACGUUUGUUUUACUGAAGCGCCACGUCUCAAAUCAAAGACCAAAAUCCAGCAAUUAAAACUGUCCAUGAGGAAACAUAGCAAAGGCUUCCGUUUGGUGUCCUGAUGAUUAACAGAAUUUAAAACACCAUAAUUACUUUAAAACAUUUACAAGAUUAUUUUGUCCUUAUGCUCUAAGUUAAGUUGAUCUUCUUCUUCUUCUUCGGUUCUCCCAUUAGGGGUCGCCACAGCGGAUCAUCCAUCUCCAUUCCCCCUUGUCCUCUAUAUCGGCCACUUUCAAACCAGCUACCUGCAUGUCUUCCCUCACCACAUCUAUAAACCUCCUCUUUGGCCUUCCUCUUUUCCUUCUUUCUGGUGUCUCCAUCCUCAACAUUCUCCUACCGAUGUAUCCCUC